AUGGCACAACUAAAUCUUCUUCUACUCUUGAAGUUAUCUUUAAUUAUAUUAGUAGCAGUAACUUCUGUGUCUGGAAAACAUUUCCGAGCAGCCAAGUUGGGCGCUAAAGAUAGAUUUAUGCCCACAAAAGUUGAUCCUGGAAGUAUAAGCGACUCACAACAAUAUGAGGUUUAUAACUAUACGCAAACAUUGGACCAUUUCAAUUUUAAUCCAGAGAGUUACACGACCUUUCAACAACGUUAUGUCGUGGAUAGUAAGUAUUGGGGUGGGCCCACUAACAAUUCCCCUAUUUUUCUUUAUACGGGUGAGGAGACUAGCAUCAUGGGAGAUGUAGAAUUUGUCGGGUUUGUGCGUGUGCUUGCUUCUCGAUUUAAAGGUCUUGUGGUCUAUAUUGAGCAUCGUUAUUAUGGGACUUCCAUGCCAUUUGGAUCUAAAGAUGAAGCAUAUAAAAAUGCUAGCACUCUUGGAUACUUUACUUCGGAGCAAGCUUUAGCUGAUUACGCUCAAAUAAUUAUCGAUGUUAAAAAGAACAACUCAGCAGAAAAUUGUCCUGUCAUAGCUAUUGGGGCAUCAUAUGGUGGAAUGCUUGCUUCAUGGUUUCGCAUGAAAUAUCCACACGCUGCUUAUGGAGCAUUGGCGGUUUCAGCUCCAAUCCUCUAUUUUAUGGGCCUCACUCCUGAAAACGGUUAUGCUUCUAUUGUUUCAACAGAUUGGAAUAGUACAAGCACCACUUGCUACAACACCAUAAGAGAAUCUUGGUUCGAAAUUGAUCGAGUUGCUGCACAGCCCCAAGGCCUUUCGAGCCUCUCGCAAAUGUUCAACACUUGCAUGCCGUUGAACACAACACAGGAUCUUAAAUACAACUUGGAGGGUAUAUAUGACGUUCUUGCUCAGUAUGAUAACCCUAAGGAUAACUAUUUACAAACUUUUUGUAAUGCAACUGGAGAAAAAUCUUACAUUCUCGACAAAAUCAUGGCCGGAGUUAGUGCAAUAUAUGGAACAAUUUGCAAUGACAUAUAUGAUAUGAGCUUCGACAAAAAUUUUGGUUGGGAUUGGCAGUCAUGUACAGAAAUGGUAAUGCCGAUGGGACAGGGAGAAAAUGAUACAAUGUUCCAAGCAAACCCUUUUGAUUUGGAUAAAUACACCAAGGAAUGCCAACAAGUCUUUGGUGUAACCCCAAAACCUUACUGGGUACCUAUAGAAUUCGGAGGUUAUGGUAUAAAAACUGUGCUUGAAAAGUUCGCAAGCAACAUUAUCUUCUCCAAUGGUUUAAGAGAUCCAUAUAGUUCUGGAGGCGUUCUUCAAAACAUAUCAGACACGGUUGUCGCAAUAUCUACACAAGAAGGACACCAUUGCUUGGACAUAUCAACUCCAAUGGCUACGGAUCCGGACUGGCUGGUUCAACAGAGGAACACCGAGAUCAACAUAAUAGAAGGGUGGCUCUCAAAGUAUACUGUCCCUAGUGCUAAUUAG